AAAUAUUUUCGAAAACCAUUUUCACUUUCGUUUAGCUUCAGGUGUGAGAACAGUCACCUAUUUACCAGGAUGUCAGGCGAUCUUUUAGUUGUUGAAAAAAAGCAGCUGGAGAGGUUUAUACAAGCCGGUCCGAAGGACUUUACGUUGCUGUACAGUUUUACCAGAAACGGCGCCGAUUCAGCAAUUUUCCAUCAAGUUUGCGACAAUAACGGCCCAACAGUCACCGUAAUUUAUAAUACUUCAGGAACUGUGUACGGGGGUUACACUGAAAUUAGCUGGAGGUCAGAUAGUGGAACUUACUAUAGGGAUGAACAUGCCUUCUUGUUCCGGCUACAACAAAAUGAAACUUAUGCUCCGAUGAAGUUUCCAGUUAAAAAACCAGACUCUGCCAUUUAUAACUAUAACUCGUACGGGCCAACCUUCGGUGGUCAUGAUUUGCAUACAUUUAGUGGUAAACCAAGUGAUCAGAACGGACAGUACACAACAAAUGCUACUUACAGCUUCGGACAUUCGUACGACAUGUGUGGAAUUUCAACUGAGCAGUUAACAAACAACGUAAAAACUAUCACAGAAUUAGAGGUCUACAGCGUUACAGAUUCGAUUCUAGUACCUGUUUGGAGGGAGAUAGGAGACUGGGAACUUCAGGAUCUGGAAGAACUGAAGAAUGAAAUGGAUUCUUGGUCUCCGCCCCAAGGGGUUGGUUUGAAAUCGGCAAACAUUCUCGUCCUUGGUCCAGUGGGAGCCGGAAAGUCAAGUUUCUUCAACACAAUUGCUUCAGUUUUCCGUGGUCAUGUCACAGGACAGGCUGUGUGUGGCAGUGCUGAGCAAAGCAUUACGUCAAAGUAUCACAAGUAUCGUGUCCGAGGUUCAGCCCUGACCAAGCCGAUGAAAUUUAAACUAUGUGACACCAGAGGAAUAGAAGAAAAUCAAGGCAUUGAUGGCACGGAGCUGAAUUAUCUACUAGAGGGCAAUGUUCCAAACGGUUAUCAGUUCAAUCCAUCUACCCCUAUAUCGCCUGAAAUAUCAGGAUUUAUUUCAAAACCAACAUUGAACGACAAGAUACACUGUGUGUGCUUUAUCAUCGAUGGAAGCACAGCCACUGUCAUGUCAGAGAAAAUGCUUGAGAAAAUCAAAGCUCUGCAAACAAAAGUCCGACAAAAAGGCUUAUCACAAGUAGUUUUAGUGACAAAAAUUGACAAAGUUUGCUCUCACGUGGAAGAAGAUGUGUCUACAGUUUUUCAAAGCGUCGCUAUUCAAGAAUUAGUUGAUAAGGUUUCUGGUAUCCUUGGCGUCCCAAGAAGUCACGUGCUACCCGUGAAGAAUUACGAGAAGGAACUCAACGUUACAAAUGACGUCAGCAUACUGGCGCUACUCUCCUUGCGACAGAUACUUCGGGCAACCGAAGAUUUCAUGUUCAAUCUUCUUGAUGUUUUGGACGAUGAAAAUGACUCUUUGGAAUAGACAUGAAAGCAACAACGUGAUUGUUUGUUGACAUUUAAACUGUACAUGUAACUGUAAUUAUUUUGCUUGUACACAAUUGUGUACACCUGAAUAUCUGCUGCACAUGCUUAGUUACACUUAAAUAUUUAGUUCCGGUAGGCAUCAUGCGUAAUGAGAUGAAAUGAGGAGAAAAGGUAUUCGUUUGAACUAUUCAGAGAAAAUAGUUUAUAAUAUAAUAAUUGUUAAAACUUUUCAAAAAUAACAUAAUUUAGCCAAAAAUCUUAAGAUAUCAUUUUACACCGUAUGCUAAUUUUGUAAGGAUAACUCUUGUUUUGUUUUCAUAUUUUAAUAUCUGCAUUAUAACGAGGAAUUGGUUGGUGCUCAAGGCUGGAAAGACGAGGGUACCAUUGUAUCCCGAGGGUUUCUGAAUAUGUUAUGAAACGAAAUAAACAUGCGCUAACGAUGCUCUAGCAAAAAUAUAUUAACUUAAAAGAACGGAAACGUGUUCCAUUUAAGUUAUUGUCAUGAAUGUUUAUUGAAUCCACUGGAAUGUCCGUGUUGUAUGAUCUUGUUGUCGCCAGUUCGUUUUGAAUUAUGCGCUGUAGGGCCCGUAGACCAUAGAAGGCGCAUAUGUUAAAACGUGUUGCUCGUGAGAGCGAUAAUCUCUCAGUUAAGACACGUUCGCUCGUCCCUUUGAAAACGACGAAACAGCAGUCUUAUGCAAUAAUGUAAUUUUAUGCUAGAAUAAAGCUUUAUGUCUGGAAAA